UCGUCAUUGAAUAAUCUUUCUAGUACCUUUAAUGACCUGCUAAAAAAUCUGAAUGCUAUUCUCUUGUCACAGCUAUUCUUUCUAAAACGUACAAGUCAUGCAAGUACACAAACCUGCUGAGCACAAUCAGAGAUCAGGGGGACAGCCUGUGAGGGGGAUGCACAUUUUCAGAAGUAAACCAAAGACAAUAAGAGGAAAUAGGAAGCCCCCUGUGCUCAGGCCAGACUUCCAGAAGUUUCCCACAACACUAAUGUCUCACGUCAAGCCCGGAGCUGCUCUAAUAUCACUACUCAGGCCUGGAACAACUUAUUUGGCCUCGUGGGAGCUGGAAAAGGUGAAUUCGAAGAAAUGGCUGAAGCAAUACCACUGCGAGAGAAAAAGCAGAAAACUCUACCUCGCUCUGAUGGGUGUGGUCUGAAUAACUCUGAAGCUCUGGACUUGUCCGGUGGUUUGAGGAUCGUCUUGGUGGGGAAGACGGGAUCAGGGAAGAGUGCAACAGGAAAUACCAUCCUUGGGAAAGCUGCAUUCAAAGAGGACCCCAGCUCCGUCUCUGUGACCAAAAACUGUGAGACACAGAGCGGGGAAGUGGAUGGGACGGCGGUCCAGGUGAUCGACACUCCUGGACUUUUUGACACAGGCAUCACAGAGGAAGAACUAAAGACUAGGAUAGAGGAAUGUGUCAAGAUGUCCGUGCCCGGCCCUCACGCCUUCCUGCUGGUGAUCAGGCUCGGAGUGCGGUUCACUGAGGAGGAGCGAAACGCUGUGAAGUGGAUCCAAGAUAACUUUGGAGACGAUGCCUCCAUGUACACCAUCAUGCUGUUUACAUGUAAAGAUCAGGCCAAAGCUGACAAUGCUCUGAAGGAGUGCAAGGAGCUGCGGAGACUCUCCAUCACGUUUGGACGCAGAUACCACGCUUUCAACAACAACGACCCAGACGACCAAGUGCAGGUCAAAGAGCUGAUCACCAUGAUCAAGGAAAUGGUACAGGAUAAUGGGGGCAAACACUACACUAAUGAGAUGUAUGAGAAGGCCCAGUGGAAGCUGCGAGAGGAAGAGGAGCGCAGGAAACAGGAGGCGGAGGAGAAGAAACAGGAAGAGAAAAAAAUCUGGGAUGCAGAGAGGGAGAAACAGGAGAAAGAGAGAGAGAAGGAGAAAAAAGGGAAAAGAAAGAAUAUACGUGCGGCGUCUGCGGCUGCUGUUGUGUUAGUGGUAGCUGGGGUGGUUAUAGCAGUUGGAGCUAACACGACAGUGGCUUUGGCUCUGGGAGCUCCUGUGCUCGUCCUGGGUGUGUUGUGCGGUAUAGCUGCUAUUUUGAUAUGGAAAGGAAUAAGAUGCAAGGCCAAAAAAGGAGUUCCAGUAUAACCAGGUCACAAGGACAUGUUGACCCAUUGGACAUACUUUUUUAAAAUUUACCGUUUAGAGCAUACCUGUGAAUAAUGUUUGGCCUUUUCUGCAUCAUUCUCUUUGACUCACCACUGCAAUAAGAGAGAAAUGUGAAUUUGAUGCUGACAGUAAACCAACAGUAUGAAAUGCAA